CGGCCGAUGCUGACGUGUCUGGAGGCGGGGUCUAGGGCUGCAGAGUGUUGGGGCUCCACCUGCUCGCUCUGGCCUCGGCGUCCACUUGCCUUUGCCCCAGAGGAGCGAUGGCAGCGCGUGCCCGGUCCUCGCGGGCCCCGCCCGGCUCAGAUAAAGUGCAAAAGGACAAGGCUGACCGGGCCUCAGGACCCAGGCAGGGCAGCCGAAUGGGGAAACUCUUGGGUUUUGAAUGGACAGACUUGUGCAGCUGGCAGAGGCUGGUGACCCUGCUUAAUCGACCCACAGACCCGGCAAACCUAGCUGUCUUUCGUAUUCUCUUCGCCUUCCUGAUGGUGCUGGACAUCCCCCAGGAGCGAGGGCUCAGCUCCCUGGACCGGAAAUACCUGGACGGGCUGGAUGUGUGCCGCUUCCCCUUGCUGGAUGCCCUGCGCCCGCUGCCCCUUGACUGGAUGUACCUUGUCUACACCGUCAUGUUUCUGGGGGCACUGGGCAUGAUGCUGGGCCUGUGCUACCGGCUAAGCUGUGUGUUGUUCCUGCUGCCGUACUGGUAUGUCUUUCUUCUGGACAAGACGUCGUGGAACAACCACUCCUAUCUGUAUGGUUUGUUGGCCUUUCAGCUGACAUUCAUGGAUGCGGACCGCUACUGGUCUGUCGAUGGCCUGCUGUGUGCCCGCAAGAGGAAUGCGCAUGUGCCCCUCUGGAACUACGCCAUGCUGCGGGGCCAGAUCUUCAUUGUAUACUUCAUUGCGGGAGUGAAAAAGCUGGAUGCCGACUGGGUGGAAGGCUAUUCCAUGGAGCAUCUGUCCCGCCACUGGCUCUUCAGCCCCUUCAAACUGGUGUUGUCCGAGGAGCUGACUAGCCUGCUGGUGGUGCACUGGUGCGGGCUGCUGCUCGACCUCUCCGCGGGCUUCCUGCUCUUCUUUGAUGCCUCCAGACGCAUUGGCUUAUUCUUCGUGUCCUACUUCCACUGCAUGAACUCCCAGCUCUUCAGCAUCGGUAUGUUCCCCUAUGUCAUGCUGGCCAGCAGUCCUCUCUUCUUCUCCCCUGAGUGGCCUCGGAAGCUGGUCUCCCACUGUCCCCAAAGACUGCAAGAGCUGCUGCCCCUCAAGGCUGCCCCUCAGCCCAGCGCUUCCUGCGUGUAUAAAAGGAGCCGGGCCAAAGGCAGCCAGAAGCCGAGGCUGCGCCACCAGCUGGGCGCCGCCUUCACCUUGCUCUACCUGCUGGAGCAGCUCUUCCUGCCCUAUUCCCACUUCCUCACCCAGGGCUAUAACAACUGGACCAACGGGCUGUAUGGCUACUCCUGGGACAUGAUGGUGCACUCGCGCUCCCACCAGCACGUGAAGAUCACCUACCGUGACGGCCGGACCGGCGAGCUGGGCUACCUCAACCCCGGGGUAUUCACACAGAGCCGACGAUGGAAGGAUCACGCAGACAUGCUGAAGCAGUAUGCCACUUGCCUGAGCCGCCUGCUUCCCAAGUACAAUGUCACUGAGCCCCAGAUCUACUUUGAUAUUUGGGUCUCCAUCAAUGACCGCUUCCAGCAGAGGCUUUUUGACCCUCGUGUGGACAUCGUGCAGGCCGUCUGGUCCCCUUUCCAGCGAACGCCGUGGGUGCAGCCGCUCUUGAUGGACUUAUCCCCUUGGAGGACCAAGUUACAGGAAAUCAAGAGCAGCCUAGACAACCACACCGAGGUGGUCUUCAUUGCAGAUUUUCCUGGGCUACACUUGGAGAACUUUGUGAGUGAGGACCUGGGCAACACCAGCAUCCAGCUGCUGCAGGGGGAGGUGACUGUGGAGUUGGUGGCAGAAGAGAAGAACCAGACCCUUCGGGAGGGAGAGAAAAUGCAGUUGCCUGCUGGUGAGUACCAUAAAGUGUACACUGUGUCUGGUACUCCUUCCUGCUACAUGUACAUCUAUGUCAACACUACAGAGCUCGCUCUUGAGCAAGACCUGGCAUAUCUGCAAGAAUUAAAGGAGAAGGUGGAGAAUGGAAGUGAGACAAGGCCUCUACCUCCAGAGCUGCAGCCUCUCUUGGAAGGGGAAGUAAAAGGGGGUCCUGAGCCAACACCUCUGGUUCAGACCUUUCUUAGACGCCAACAAAGGCUCCAGGAGAUUGAACGGCGGCGGAACACUCCUCUGCACGAGAGGUUCCUCCGCUUCUUGCUGCGAAAGCUGUACGUCUUUCGCCGAAGCUUCCUGAUGACACGUAUAUCACUUCGAAAUCUAGUAUUAGGACGCCCUUCUCUGGAGCAGCUAGCCCAAGAGGUGACUUAUGCCAACUUGCGGCCUUUUGAGCCCACAGGAGAAUCAAGUCUUUCAAACAGAGAGUCUUCUAAUCCUAACUCUCCUGAGCCAGAUUCCGAUCCUACCCAUUCAGAGUUGUGAGGGGCCUUCGAUAGGUGCAGGUGUGAGAGCAGCCAGUCAUAGGCCGAGUACCUAUGCAAUGGACAUCUGAGAAAAUUAUCUCAGAUUUUUUUACAUUUUUUUUCUUUCACAAUGCUUUUUGAGAUGAUAGCUUAGAGGAACCAAGGAAAUAAAGCAAAGAUAAGAUUUUUCAAUUCAAGAUUGAGGAACCAUAAGGAAGAAACAAUGAGAUGUUCUUUUAGGAUAAAGUUUAAACUGAACAGCUCUUUAGGAAAAGAAACUUCUCAUGUGCUUGCUGAGUGCUAGGCACUGUGUGAAGCAGUGUACCUCUUAUCACACUGGAACCUUUGUGACAUGGUCUUGCUAUGUAGUUUAGGCUGGCCCUGAACAUUCAGUGACCCUCUUUUCUUGGACUCCCGACUGUUGGGAUUACAAUCGUGUGCCACUGUGCCCGCUACCACACUGAACUGGUAACAGACAUGAAGUCUCUUUAUACUUGGAGAAACUAAGAGGUAAAAUAAUUUGCCCAGACAUCCAGCUAGUAAGGAGUGGACUGAUAGUUUGAGCUUAGGUCUGUUUGACUUCAGAUCUUGCACUAUGUGGCUUGUAAUUUUCACAACUGGUGACAGUAAGUCUGAAAUAAUGUAGCUUAAAACUUAAUAGGAUGAGGCAAGGAGGAUCUUUAGUUCAAACCCAGCCUGAGCAAUUUAGUGACAUGGUGAAACCAUCUCAAAAAAAAAGAGCUGGGAACUCGGCUCAGUGUGAAGGCCCUGGGUGCAAUCCCUAGCACCCCACCCCCAAAAAACACCUCAGAAUUUAAUCGUAAGUAAUGACUGGGGGGCUGGGGAUUUAGCUCAGCAGCAUGGCGCCUGCCCAGCAAGCGCAAGGUCGUGAGUUCGAUCCCUGGUACCAGGGGGGGAAAAAAAAGUGAUUAGGGUAGCAAUCAGCUUCUAAAGGCACAAAAAUUUUCUCAGCACCAUAACUGUUUCCUUUUUUGUUCCUGUUAUUUAUGUGGCCAAUUAGGUUUUUCAUUACCAAUUAUCCACCCAAGAAAGUUAAGCUUAGUUAACAGCAACUUUAUACUUUGACCAAGCAAUCAAUUCUACCUCUUCAACCUGUUUUCAUUCCCACUGCCUGUCUCUAUUCUUUCAGUCUUUACCCUGGACUCUAUUCUACUUAGGGGUAGACCAAGGCAGGGUCACCGUGUUUGGACCUGGCUGAGCAGGGUGGUCAGGUCCUCUAACUCAGUGUGGGUUCCUGAUGAUCACAGUAUUAUAGAGUGCCAUCACUUGUAAGAAUGAGAGCAGCACUGCUUUUCAAUCCUCAUAAUCUUUUUGUCAAGCUCCCUACCACUGAGCUGCACUGCCACCCUUGCUCUUACUCAUAGCAAUGGUAAGCUAAGUUCAGCUAUUUCCUAUUUCCCUGUUUUGACCAGUAAAGGAGUGCUCCCAUUUUGGAAAGCCUCUCACAGAAAGUAACUUGUGGGGUAAGGAAGCUGCCUUCCCAUUUGGGUGCUACCUCUUGAUUCAUUUUUCCCCAAGGUAAAUGCUGUGGCAAGGUGGAGAUGAUGGGCUCAUAUGAAAAACAAUUCCUUGAUAGACACGGUUGUUACUCAUAUUGCUGGAAGAAUCGGUCCCUCCCUGCGCAAAAACUUUUUGCCUGGCAAUGAGCCAUCAAUGUCCUCAUAGCCAGACCUUACUCCAGCGUUUCUCUUUUUAUUCUUAACCAUUUUGAAACUUUAGAAAAGCAAAGGCAAUCUUUUUUGGCAGUACUUAGGGUUUGAACUCAGGGCCAUGGCACGGAGCUACAUGCCCAGGCCCAUUUGAGACAGGGUAUCACUAAAUUGCCCAGGCUUGGCUCAAACUUGCCAUUCUUCCAGCUCAACUUCCUAGAGUGCUGCAAGUACUAAUUUUUUGAUGUACACAUUCAUAAUUUACAUUCCUUUUUUUGUGCCCCUAUGUCUUAUGGUUUUCCAGCUAUUUACCAUCACUGCUGUGUCCUGUCAUUUCAUGCCUUCACUGUUUUGCUUUUCUCACCAAUCCACCUUCACUGAAUAUACAUAACUUUCCAGAAGGGGCACACAAGCUCUGUAUGUAAACUCUCUUGAGAGCUAAAGACCUUUGUUAUUUAGGAAAUAAAUCUUGGCUUCAAGUUUA